CCGAGAAAAGUUGACGAAACUCUCUACCGGAGGCGCUAGUUUUCGCCGUCGGCGAGGCAAUUUCAUUUGCCGGAGGAUGAACGAACUUAAUAAGCAAAAGGAAAAGCCUGAUGGACAUGAAAAGCUUGUAAAUGAAGGAUCUGCUGCUAGAACAAGACCUACAAGUGUAGAGGAGAUUAGGCUAAGAAGGAAGAGGAAAGAGUCCUUGGAAAAUGUGAAGGAGGAAACUGUAGGAGAAGCUCAGUUACUGGGUUACGACCUUGUUGAGCAGGCUUCUGACUAUCAUGAUUCUGAAAAAGGGUAUGAUGGAUCCGAGAAUUUGAGGCGUGAAGAACAUGUUAAGGACAGUUCAAGAAAGGAAAAUGAUGCCAUUUCUAGUUCUAGGGAAGAAAAACUAGUAAAACCGAUGAAAGAGGACCCUGUGGGAGUAGCUCAGUUACCCGGUCAAAAUCUUGUUGAGAAGGUUUCUGACUGUCAUGAGUCUGAAAAAGGGUAUGAUACAUCCGAGAAACUGAGGCAUGAAGAGCUUGCUAUGGACAGCUCAAGAAAGAAAGAAGAGGCUAUAUCUAGUUCUAGAGAAGAAAGAAUAGAUAAACCAAUGAAAGAUGAUAAAGCAGCUCAGUUACUAGGUAAUGAUCUUGUUGAGAAGGUUCCUGACUAUCAUGCGUCCGAAAAAGGGCAUGAUAGAUCCAAGAAAGUGAGGCGUGAAGAACGUGUUAAGGACAGUUUAAGAAAGAAAGAGGACACAACUUCUAGUUCUAGGAAAGAAGCACCAAUGAAAGAGGAUCAUGUGAGAGCAGCUCAGUUACUGGGUAACGAUAUUGUUGAGAAGUUUUCUGACUAUCAUGCAUCUGAAAAAGGGAAUGAUAGAUCCAAGAAAGUGAGGCGUGAAGAACGUGUUAGGGACAGUUCAAGAAAGAAAGAAGACUCCAUUUCUAGUUCAAGGGAAGAAAAAUUAAUGAAAGAGGAUCAUGUGGGAACAGCUCAGUUACUGGGUCACAAUAUUGUUGAGAAGGUUUCUGACUAUCAUGCGUCUGAAAAAGGGCAUGAUAGAUCGACGAAAGUGAGGAGUGACGAACGUGUUAAGGACAGCUCAAGAAUGAAGGAAGACGCCACUUCUAGUUCUAGGGAAGAAAGGGUAGAUAAACCAAUGAAAGAGGACCCUGUUGGAGCAUCUCAGUUACUGGGUCACAAUAUUGUUGAGAAGGUUUCUGACUAUCAUACGUCUGAAAAAGGGCAUGACAGAUCCAAGAAAGUGAGGCGUGAAGAACGUGUUAAGGACAGUUCAAGAAAGAAAGAAGACGCAAUUUCUAGUUCUAGAGAAGAAAAACUGAUGAAAGAGGAUCAUGUGGGAGCUGCUCAGUUUCUGGGUAACGAUCUUGUUGAGAUGGUUUCUGACUAUCAUGAGUCUGAAAAAGGGUAUGACAGAUCCGAGAAAUUGAGGCGGGAAGAGCGUGUUAAGGACAGUUCAAGAAAGAAGGAAGAGGCUAUUUCUAGUUCCAGAGAAGAAAAACUAGAUAAACCAAAAAAAGAUGAGCCUGCUUCAAAUAGAAAAAGGAAAGCAGAAGGAGAGAGUUCUACAGCUGAAACAGAAUCAAUGGAAGAACAUAGUAAGGAUAGACGAGGAAAGAAAGAAGAAACUAUUUCUAGGUGUAGGGAGGAAAGACGAGAUAAAAAGAUUAAGAAGGAAGACCUUGCUUCAAACAGAAAAAUUGAAGGAGAAAUCCCUACAACUGAAACAAAAGCAAUGACAGAUAGAGAUGGGCUUGAUAGUAAGAAGCGUCUUAGAAGUCUAGUGGUGGCAGACGUACCUCGAGAUGAAAGUAGUAUAAAACCUGACAAUGAAGACAAGAGAAAGAAUCAAAAUGGAGAUCAUAAGAAGAAUAGGGAGAUGACUAUGUCAAAGAGGCAUGAUCCAGGAAAAGUGCACAGUGUUGAAGUUUCAGAGCGAAGGGAGAGAAGGGAACAACCAAAAUCACAUCAACGCGACAUGAGAGAGAAAAGGAGGAGAUCAAGAAGUCGAGAUCAUGGGCAGGACAGACAGAAAAGGUCAUCCCCUUUACCAAGGGCUGAAAAGGCUACAUCGCGUCAUAAGAGAAGCCAUGAGGAGCGAUCGGAAAAUGUUGUUAAAGAUAGGUCGGAAAAACAUCAUUGUAAUGAUAAUGAAGACAAAGGGGCAAGCACUGUAAGUAACAAGUCUAGACGGUAUAGUGCUUCCAAAAGUGAACUUGGUGGAUAUUCACCACGGAAAAGAAGGGAGGAAGCAUCUACCAAGGCUGUAUCUCCACCUAAUCUUUCUUCCGAGAAGAAAAGUGCUAAAUGGGAUCUUACACCUACUGUAACUUCUGGCAUGUUCUCGGGCCCAGUUUUUUCUGGUCUCCAAGCAGCAACUCAGACAGCAUAUCCUACCAUCAGUGAGGCUUCCUUGAUGCUUUUGAAGCCACUUAUGGAGGGGACUUUUAGGACACCACCGCCAAGGCAGAUCACUUCAUUUGAUUCUGUUCAACUGACCGAAUCCACCAGACGUAUGAGGAGACUUUACGCAGAAAAUGUGCCGGAUUCGGCCUCUGAGAAGUCUCUGAUUGAAUGCUUCAAUGGCUAUAUGCUAUCUUCAGGGUCCAAUCACAUAAAAGGAAGUGAACCAUGUAUUAGCUGUAUUAUAAACAAGGAAAAAAGUCAGGCGUUAGUGGAGUUCCUUACGCCACAGGAUGCCUCUGCUGCACUCUCCUUGGAUGGCUGCUCCUUUGCGGGUUCAAACCUUAAAAUUCGACGCCCUAAAGACUAUGUCGGGACAACAAACGGUGAAUUGGAGAAAAAGGAGCCAGCCACAAAUGCAGUAAGUCACGAUGUGGAGGACUCAUCAAACAAGAUUUUCAUUGGCGGAUUUUCAAAAGCAAUUUCAUCUGAAAUGCUAAUGGAGAUUGUCAGCGUCUUUGGACCUUUGAAAGCAUACCGGUUCGUGAGCAACAAUGAUCUCAAUCAGCGAUGUGCUUUCCUAGAGUACACUGAUGGAUCUGUUACCCUCAAAGCUUGUGCUGGCCUAAAUGGUAUGAAGUUAGGUGGCAGUGUAAUAACAGCCGUUUGUGCAUUUCCUGAUGCAUCAUCCAUAGCGGUGAAUGGGAAUCCACCAUUCUAUGGGAUACCUGGUCAUGCAAAACCACUUCUUGGCAAGCCUAAGCAUAUUCUAAAGUUAAAAAAUGUGGUUGACCCAGAAGAUCUCACGGCGCUUUCCGAGCAAGAAGUGAAAGAAACUUUGGAGGAUGUACGGUUAGAAUGUGCCAGGUUUGGGGUUAUUAAGUCGAUAAACAUCGUGGAACACAAGAGCAAAGAUAUCACUGUUUCUGAAACAAAUGCAUUGUUGAACUUAGAAUCAACUGAUUCUAAAGAAAUGAAUGUGUCAGUGGUCCUGGAGAAAGACGAGGGAUCCAAGAAAGCGGAUGAUAUUGCAGACAAUGUAGAUCUUGCAGAGGUUGUCAGGCCAGACAGUUUGACAGGUGAAGACAAGUUAUGUGAACCGUGCUCAGAUACUGCUGCUGAGACAAACACGCAAGAACACGAAGAUCAACACUCCACUGAGCAAGACCAUUAUGAAAAGAUUGUUGAAGAUAUUACACUGGCCGAGGCAGAGAAUCCGCAAGAAGUAGCAUCAGUUCGUACCGUGAAGACAAGAUGGGAUGCUGGUGACAAGAUAGAAGAAGAACAAGAACAAGACCCCGAGGAUGUAUUUGAGCCGGGUUGUAUCUUCAUUGAAUACGGAAGACCAGAAGCCACACGUGAUGCAGCCCAUUCAUUACACGGAAGGCUAUAUGAUAAUCGGAUUGUGAAAGCAGAAUAUGUUUCUAAAGAGCUUUACCAAAUCAGGUUCCCGAGUGGGUAAAUAAUCACACAACAAGUGAGACUGAUCUGCGAUUCUUCUCAUCCUUACCACAUAACUGAUUCAAACCGAGUUCAGAGAUACAAUCAAAAACCCUUAAAAAAAAAUCUCUUUGUACACGUUGGGAUUGAGCAGGUUGGAUUAUUCAUCACCACCUGUGUCUCGUUACUUUUAUGCAUUCGAGAAUCCAAGAAGGGAAAGAUGAAACCAUACUUUUGUUAUGGUGGCUAUAUGGUCCGGUUUUGUUUGAACCGGUUUGCUUUCUGAACUGAAAUUGGCCGAUAAACUGAAGUUAGUGUU